GAGCUGUCAGCAGCACUCGGAAACGAAACUCAGACGCCCGACAGGAGAAAGGAAACCAAAACUCCCUUCCCGGGCAUAAAGGCGGGGCUGCCCCGGCUCCUCCGCCCUCGCUCCCUGCCGGCCACCCCACAGGGGCCCAGCAGCUCCGGGCGGCAGGAACAGGAACUUUGUUCCCAUCCUGUCUAUCGUCUCUACCGAAGCAAGAGGAUUCUUUCAAAACGGAUAGCCGCUCAUAACACUACCUGCUUAGAAGCCAUCCAUGGAUUUUAGGAUGAGAACAUGCCCUCAAAGGUUCUGCGUCCUCUUCUAGCACGGCCAGCUCUUCCCUCCCUGUCUCCACUCCAGUCUGGCUGGCUUCUAUUUUGGAUCUAGGACCACCCAUACCCCUUCGCGCCACAGGAUUUCUGUUUGUCAUUUUCUGCAGUUCAGGUUCGGGCCCCAGGUAGCAUCAAGAAUGGGUUUAGAAGAGCACAUGAUGAUUUUAGAGAAAAUGUCAGAGCUGAUUAUGAACGCAGUGCCAAAAGCUCAAUAUUCCAGUUUGUUCAAUGAUUUUGUUGAAUCUGAAUUUUUUCUGAUUGAUGGAGAUUCAUUACUUACUACAUGCAUAUGUGAGAAAUCAUUAAAGCAGGGGCAGGAGCUCCACUUCUUUUAUCUGGUUGAAUGCUACCUUAUGGAUCUUGUCAGUAAAGGAGGACAAUUUGCCGUUGUUUUCUUCAAGGAUGCGGAGUGUGCAUAUUUCAACUUCCCUGAACUUCUUCCUUUGAGAGCUGCUUUAAUCCUCCAUCUUCAGCAUAAUACGACCAUCGACGUCCGAACGUUUUCUGGAUGCCUAUCACGAGAGUGGGAAAUUUUCUUGGAAGAGAGUUACCCAUAUUACCUGAUAGUUGCGGAUGAAGGCCUGAACCAUCUACAAACACUCCUUUUCAGCUUUUUAGUUACUCAGUCUUGGGCAAUGAAGGUCAACGUUGUGCUCUCCUCGGGGCAAACAUCUGAUGUCCUUCGACUUUAUGCAUACCUUAUGUCAAGCACGUACAAAAAACAAACAUUUUUCAAAGAGAAUGAAAAGGAGAUUGAGAAUGCUUAUAAAGCCCUGAUUAAACAUUUGGAAAAAUGUCGAAUUUUAGCACUGGAAUCUCUUUUUGGAAAUUUAAAAUGGAAAAAUAUGAUGGAAGAGGCAUGUGAAACUAUUUCUCUGCUUAAGCAAUUCUGGCCAGAAGGAUCUGACAUUCGACGUGUUCUUUGUGUUACUUCAUGCUCAUUAUCUUUGAGAAUGUAUCAUCACUUUUUAGAAAACAGAAUGAAGACUAGCUCUGAUCAGAAAACUAACAUCCAAGAGGUGGAAAGUAAUUGCUUAACCCUGCAAGAGAUGGAAGAUUUGUGUAAACUGCAUUGUCUCAGUGUGGUCUUUCUACUUCACUUACCUCUUUCUCAAAGAGCCUGUGCUAGAUUCAUCACUUCCCAUUGGACCAAGAACGUUCAGACUUCCUUAAGAAUGAAAAAGUGGUGUGAACAUUUCAUCUUAAGUAAUAUGAAUAUUUUUGAAUUUUGGAAUCUGAAUUUAAUUCACCUUUCAGACUUAAAUGAUGAGCUUUUGUUGAAGAAUAUUGCUUUUUACUAUGAAAAUGAAAAUGUUGAAGGCCUACACUUGAAUUUAGGAGAUGUCAUUAUGAAAGAUUAUGAACAUCUCUGGAAUACUGUUUCAAAGUUGGUCAGAAAGUUCACUGUUGGAAAGCCAUUUCCUCUGAGAACAACGGAACUUUCUUUUCUUGAGAAGAAUUCAUCGCCAAUCAAAGAUACUUUCAAGAAAAAGGUUCCUAAUUUGGGAUUUAUUUCAAUGUCAUCUGAAGUGGUUGAUAAGUUCGUUGGCGACCUUUUGAAAGAUCUCCCUUUCUUGAAGAGUGAUGAUCCUAUUGUAACGUCACUAGUUAAACAAAAGGAAUUUGAUGAGCUUGUGCACUGGCAUUCUCACAGACCCCUUAGUGAUGACUAUGACAGGACAAGGUGUCAAUUCGAUGAAAAAUCUAGAGAUCCUCGUCAUCUUAGGAACGUGCAGAAGUAUAAUGCUUUUCAGCAAUUUUAUGGGAAUUCAUUAGAAUCAGUCUCUCCAAAACUCAUUGUAACUCAAGCUGUAAAGCCAAAAAGGAAUUUCAAUGCACCCAAGAACAAAAAGACACAUGAAACCAAGGCUGAAAUAAUUGCUAGAGAGAAUAAAAAGAGGUUAUUUGCUAAGGAAGAAGAAAAAGAGGAGAAAAAAUGGAAUGCUCUGUCAUUUUCUAUUGAGGAGGAAAUGAAAGAGAACUUAAACUCUGGAAUAAACAACCUGGAAGAUUUUUUGAAAUCAUGUAAAAGUAACUCCGUGAAAUACCAAGUUGAAAUGGUAGCGUUGAAUGCCUGCUUGAAAGCAUGGAAAGAACAUUGCCAAGGUGAAACCACAAAAGACUUAAACAUAGCUGUUCAAAUGAUGAAAAGGAUCUAUUCCUUGGUGGGAAAAUACCCGGAACUUUUGCAGGAGGCAGAUCGGCAACUCAUAGCCAGAUGCCUGAAGUAUUUAGGAUUUGCUGAGUUGGCAAGUUCUUUAUAUCCAACCCAGGUUGCAGAAGAUGACAUAAAGAAGAAAACAGAUAAAUACUCAGUUGGCAUGGGGCCUGUUCGGUUUCAACUACAAUACAUGGGUCAUUACUUGAUACGAGAUGAGAGAAAAGAUCCAGAUCCCAGAGUUCAGAAUUUUAUUCCUGACACAUGGCAGCGAGAGCUCCUUGAUGUUGUGGAUAAUAAUGAGUCAGCGGUGAUCGUUGCCCCGACGUCCUCGGGCAAGACCUAUGCUUCCUACUACUGCAUGGAGAAGGUGCUGAAGGAGAGCAACGAAGGGGUGGUCGUGUAUGUCGCACCAACAAAGGCCCUUGUUAAUCAAGUGGCAGCAACUGUUCAUAAUCGUUUUACCAAAAGUCUGCCAAAUGGUGAAGCUCUAUGUGGUGUUUUUACAAGGGAUUAUCGUCAUGACGCCUUAAACUGUCAGGUACUUAUUACAGUGCCUGCCUGCUUUGAAAUUCUGCUAUUAUCUCCUCAUCGCCAAGCAUGGGUGAAAAGGAUCAGAUAUGUUAUAUUUGAUGAGGUCCAUUGUCUUGGCGGAGAAAUUGGAGCAGAAGUCUGGGAGCAUCUCCUUGUCAUGAUCCGAUGUCCCUUUCUGGCCCUUUCAGCCACUAUAAGUAACCCUGAGCAUCUCACUGAGUGGCUGCAAUCAGUGAAAAGCUACUGGAAACAAGAAGACAAGACAAUGAGAGAAAAUACUGCUUUUAAAAGAAACGCUGGCCGUUGCACCAAGUCUCCCAAAGAUUACUUCCAAAUAGAGGAAUCAUAUAAAGUUAGACUUGUGCUCUAUGGAGAGAGAUACAACGAUUUAGAGAAGCACAUAUGUUCCAUAAAACAUCGCGACGUUUGUUUCGAGCAUUUUCACCCGUGUGCCGCGCUCACAACGGAUCACAUCGAAAAGUACGGAUUCCCUUGUGACCUGACCCUUUCCCCUCGAGAAACGGUCCAGCUUUACGAUACCAUGCUUCAGUUUUGGGAGAGCUGGCCCAGGGCCCAGGAGUUGGAUCCGGAGAAAUUCAUUCAUUUUAAGGAUAAAAUAGUCAUUAGAAAGUUGGAUGCCAGAAAAUACGAAGAGAGCUUAAAGGCAGAAUUAACCAGUUGGGUUAAAAAUGGCCAUGCCGAGGAGGCCAAAACAGUUCUGAAGAAUCUUUGUCCUGAUUCAGUUUUUAGUUCAGAAAACACAGUCAGCAUGUUUCCACUUCUCGUUGAAAAGCUAAGGAAAAUGGAAAAGUUACCAGCAUUGUUUUUUUUAUUCAACUUAGAAGAUGUAGAAAGAAGGGCUGCAAGCUUGAGGUAUUUCCUGUUGCAAAAGCAAGCAAUGCAAAGGCCUCCCAAAGCUGAUAAAGAGGCCCAUGACUUGAUUAACAAAAUUCGAAAAAUCAGAAAAUCCAUCGAGAGACAAAAGACAAUAGAUGAGAGAAGCCUGAAAAAUCCCAGAAAAAUGGAUCAAAAGCUAAUAUAUGAAGCUGAACAUAAUAAUCUACUCAAGAUUCUAGAGAAGAACCUGGAAAUCCCUGAGGAGUGCACAUAUGCUAAUCAAAAAGCGAUAGACGCUGAGACUUUGCAGAUGGUGUUUGAUCGAGUAAAAUUCACAAGAAAAGGUGCAGAGCUGAAGGCUUUGGCAAGAAGGGGUAUUGGAUAUCAUCACAGCUCUUUAAGCUUCAAAGACAAACAGUUAGUUGAGGUUCUUUUUAGGAAAGGAUUUAUUAGGGUGGUGACAGCUACCGGGACACUGGCUUUAGGAAUCAAUAUGCCCUGUAAAUCCGUGGUUUUUGCUCAGAACUCUAUCUACCUGGAUGCCCUCAAUUACAGACAGAUGUCUGGACGAGCCGGGAGACGAGGUCAAGACCUGAUGGGAGAUGUAUAUUUCUUCGGUAUUCCGUUGCCCAAGAUAGAAAAACUCAUUAAAUCCAACGUUCCUGAACUGAGAGGACAGUUCCCUCUGGGCAUCACCCUGGUCCUGCGACUCAUGCUGCUGGCUUCCAAGGCAGACGACCCAGAGGAUGCUAAAGCCAAGGUGCUGUCCGUGCUAAAGCAUUCAUUGCUGUCCUUCAAACAACCCAGAAUCACGGAGCUAUUGAAACUUUACUUCUUGUUUUCUUUCCAAUUCCUUGUGAAACAGGGCUAUUUAGAUCAAGAAGGUAAACCAAGGGGGUUUGCUGGCCUUGUAUCACAUUUGCAUUAUCAUGAGCCUUCUAAUUUUGUUUUUGUCAGUUUUCUCAGAAAAGGCCUUUUCCAUAAUCUCUGUCAGCCAACUAGGAAAGGUUCAAAACAUUUUUCUCAAGAUGUUAUGGAAAAGCUAGUGUUAGUAUUGGCCAAUCUGUUUGGAAGAAGAAUUCUUCCAGCAAAGUUUCAGGAAACUACUAUCAAGUUUUAUCAAUCAAAGGUGUUCCUUGAGGAUCUCCCGGAGGAUUUUAAUGAUGCUUUACAUGAGUAUAACAUGAAUGUUACAAAGGAAUUUGCCUCCUUCCUACUAAAUGUUGCCAAGUUGGCUGAUAUGAAACAGGAAUAUCAACUCCCAUUGUCAAAAAUAAAUUUCACAGGAAAGGAAUGUGAGGACUCUGAACUUGUGUCUCACUUGAUGAGCUGCAAAGAAGGAAGAGUAGCAAUUUCUCCAUUUGUUUGUCUCUCUGGAAACUCUGAUAGUGAUUUGCUUCAACCAAAUACUCCAAACCAUGUCGUUCUGCGCACAAUUGGCAUCGAUCACAGUCAGGCUCCUGUGCUGUGGUCGCAGACAUUUGACAACCAAGGAAGAAGAAUGCCACUCAACGCUUAUGCGCUUGAUUUCUACAAACAUGGCUCCUUGACUGGACUAGUCCAGGACAACAGGCUACAUGAAGGAGCUGCAUAUGACUUGUUGAAAGAUUUUGCACUUACCAUUAAAUCUAUCAGUGUGUCCUUGCGUGAACUAUGUGAAGAUGAAGACGACAACGUGGUCUUAGCAUUUGAACAAUUGAGUAAAAGCUUUUCUGAAAAACUUGAUGAAGUUUAAAAACAGAGACUAUCCAGACCACUUAAAAUAUUGCUAUGGGCAUUUUUCAAGUCAUAUUUUAUGAUCCUCAUACUUUUUGUCAGAAAUACACAUAUGAUGGAGUGGAAAGAGCAAACACUUUGGAUUCAGAAUUGUGAUCAAACCUGUCAUGUUCUCUUAUAAGUACCUUUAGACAAGUCAUUUAAUAUUUUUUAAUCUUGGCUUCCUUAGAUAGUUGAAUAAUAAUGCUUAUAUUUCAACUAGUUUAUGGACUGAUUGAGAAAAUCCAAAGAUUUUUGUGUGUGACCGAAGAAAAAAUUUUACUCCGAGAAGUGUAAACAAAUAUGACAUUCUCAGCAUUUUCCUCCUCGAUGUCAUAAUUUGUAAAAGUCUAUCAAGGCUAGAAAAAGCUAUUACAGUAUCCUGGAGUAGAAAUAUAUUUUCUCUAAUUAACUUAAAUGUGAUUAUAUGACUUAGAUAUAUAUUUUACCAUCUCGUAAUCUUGACUUACUUUUUAAAAAAAUAUGAAUGACAGUUUUGGCAUAAGUCCCAUGAGGCUUUAAAAUAAAAUAUAGCUGGUGAUUUGGCUUGAUUUUAAUUGUAUAUAAAUGACUGAAAACCCACAAAUAAAUACAAUGGGUGUAAUCAAUUUA